AUGGUGGCGAGAGACAGCCUACCAGCCGGGCGAGAGGGAGGCGCCGGGCGGAAGAAUGGCAGGCGUGGCCAACCCGGAGGCGGCUGGAGGCCGCGCCCCCUUCCCAGAGUGCCCCGCAGCCGCUCCCCGCGAGAUCUCUUUUCUAGCCCGCCCUGGCCCGGCUCAGAAGGCGCUCCCACCAUGGAUGGGCUUCGGGCUAGCGCAGGGCUGUUGAGGCGCGGGCGGUUGAGACGCCGGCGCCAGCCGCAGCCACACAGCGGGUCGGUCCUGGCCCUGCCCUUAAGGCCCAGAAAGAUCCGAAGGCAGCUGAGGAGAAGCGUGGCGUCCCGCAUGGCCGCGCUGAGGGCCCAGACACUGCCGAGCGAGGACUCGGAGGACUCGAGGGUGGAGUCGACGGUCGACGAUCCUGGAGACCCGCUGGCUGGUGGGGCAGCGACCAUCCCGGAUGCGGCCCGGCGAGAGCCGUACGGUCACCUGGGGCCUGCAGAGCUGCUGGAGGCCUCGCCCGCGUCCCGCUCCCUGCAGACCCCCCGCGCGCUGGUGGAGGCGCAGACCCCGCCGGCCCGCCUGGUGGAGGCUCAGACCCCGCCGGCCCGCCUGGUGGAGGCGCCCGCCCUGCCCGCGCGCCUAGUGCCGGCUCCCGCGCCUCCCGCGCGCCUGGUGGAGGUGCCCGCUGCGCCGGCGCGCGUGGUGGAGACCUCGGCGCUGCUGUGCCCUGCCCAGCACUUGGCGGCCGCCCCGCCAUCCGUGGCCCCCGCAACGCUGUCGGGGCCGCAGGUGGAUAGCACCGGCGGGGAGUUGGCCUGGGACUCGCCGCUGCAGCGCGUCCUGGCGGAGCUGAACCGCAUCCCCAGCAGCCGGCGGCGGGCCGCGCGCCUCUUUGAGUGGCUCAUCUCGCCCAUGCCGCCAGACCAUUUCUACCGGCGCCUGUGGGAGCGGGAGGCGGUGCUGGUGCGGCGGCAGGACCACGCCUACUAUCAGGGGCUUUUCUCCACCGCAGACUUGGACUCCAUGCUGCGCCACGAGGAGGUGCAGUUCGGGCAGCACCUGGAUGCUGCUCGGUACGUCAACGGGCGGCGCGAGACCCUGAACCCCCCCGGCCGCGCGCUGCCUGCCGCCGCCUGGGCCCUGUACCAGGCUGGCUGCUCCCUGCGCCUCCUCUGUCCGCAGGCUUUCUCGACCACAGUGUGGCAGUUUUUGGCCGUGCUCCAAGAGCAGUUUGGCAGCAUGGCAGGCUCCAACGUUUACCUCACGCCCCCCAAUUCGCAGGGUUUUGCCCCCCACUACGACGACAUCGAGGCUUUUGUGCUGCAGCUGGAAGGUAGGAAACUCUGGCGUGUGUACCGACCCCGGGUCCCGACCGAGGAGCUGGCCCUGACAUCCAGUCCCAACUUCAGCCAGGACGACCUCGGUGAGCCGGUGCUGCAGACUGUGCUGGAACCUGGAGAUUUGCUCUACUUUCCUCGGGGCUUCAUUCACCAAGCCGAAUGCCAGGAUGGAGUGCACUCUCUGCACCUCACCUUGUCCACGUACCAGCGCAAUACCUGGGGCGACUUCCUGGAGGCCGUCCUGCCCCUGGCAGUGCAGGCUGCCAUGGAAGAAAAUGUGGAGUUCCGAAGGGGUCUUCCCCGAGAUUUCAUGGAUUACAUGGGGGCCCAGCACUCAGAUUCCAAGGAUCCACGAAGAACCGCUUUUAUGGAGAAGGUGCGAGUCUUGGUUGCCCGCUUGGGACACUUUGCCCCUGUCGAUGCUGUGGCUGACCAGCGAGCCAAAGACUUCAUCCACGACUCUCUGCCCCCUGUGCUGACUGAUAGAGAGAGGGCACUAAGUGUUUAUGGGCUCCCAAUUCGCUGGGAGGCUGGAGAACCUGUUAACGUGGGGGCCCAGUUGACAACAGAAACAGAAGUGCACAUGCUUCAGGAUGGGAUAGCUCGGCUGGUGGGUGAGGGAGGCCAUUUGUUUCUCUAUUAUACAGUGGAGAACUCCCGUGUUUAUCAUCUGGAAGAGCCUAAGUGCUUGGAGAUAUACCCACAGCAAGCUGAUGCCAUGGAACUUUUGCUCCGCUCCUACCCAGAGUUUGUGAGAGUAGGGGACCUGCCCUGUGACACGGUGGAGGACCAGCUUUCCUUAGCGACCAUGUUAUAUGACAAGGGGCUGCUGCUCACCAAGAUGCCUCUAACCUGA